AUGGGUUCACCUCUCUCACCAAUCAUUGCUAACAUCUUCAUGGAACAUUUCGAGCACCAAGCACUCAAGACUGCGGACAAAUCUCCUUCACUCUGGCUCCGCUACGUCGACGACACCUUUGUCAUCUGGCCGCACAGCACACCUGACCUUCACCAGUUUCUCAACCACCUCAACCACCAGCACCCCAGCAUCAAGUUCACCAUGGAGACCCAACGCGACAACUCAAUUCCAUUUCUAGACGUUCUCAUCACUAAGACACCGUCUGGAUUUCCAUCUCACCAGGUGUACCGAAAACCUACCCAGACAGACCGCUACCUCAACUUCCGCUCACACCACCACCCAUCCAUCCACCAAUCGGUCGCCGACACUCUCGUCAGACGAGCCCACCAACUCAGCGACAAGGCACACUUACAUCAAGAACUCAAGCACGUGACCAAUGCACUCACCACCAUCAACCAUUACCCCAGGAGAAGGAUCAACACUCAACCAUCCAGCCACCAACCCAGCACCAACAGCACCGAAACCAAGCCUGUCGCCACCAUAGUACUUCCCUACAUCGGCAAGACCUCACACCGACUACAACGCAUCCUUCACUCUGCCAACAUCCUCGUCAGACACCAAUCCUCUCGACAAGCACCCAUCCAACAAGCAACCAGGCGUCUACACGAUCCCCUGCGACUGCACAAAGUCUACAUUGGAGAAACCGGCCGAGACUUCGACACCAGACUCAAGGAACACAAGACCCACCACCGACGCAGCGACUGGGACCGAUCUGCCAUCGUCAAGCACGCACAACAAGAGAAUCACCGCAUAGAAUGGGAGAAGAGCCACCUAAUCACCAACAUCCGGCACUGGAAUACCAGAAGGGUCAGGGAAGCCAUUGAGAUACAUCAACACAACACUGUGCCUCAAGACCCUGGCCUACACAUCAACAGCAUCUGGCAUCCAAUCCUACGUCACCAUCAAACUUCUAACCAAUCCACAAACAACCCGCCAUCCACCGUCACCCCACCGAGCCCUCCUACCCAACACAGCAGUCUGAUUGCAUCACCAACUCAACCAGGGACUCCGCCGACGCACACACCGCCGCCACCAACACCUCGCUACAACCUCCGCCGACGACCCAACACCUCAUCCGUACACCAGGCCACCCACUCACUCCCGCCGAAGCUUACCCGACGAGUCCGCCGACCAACACGCACAGAACGCCACCAUUGA